UACAGACAUGACACCUACAAUCAUCUCAAAGGAGCAUCUCCCUCUCAACAACAAGUGGAGAAAGCCAAUAGUGGAGAAGAUGCGCAGAGAACGUAUCAACAGCAGCAUUGAGCAGCUCAAGUGUCUUCUGGCUCCAGAGUUCCUCAACCAGCAGUCUGAUUCCAAGCUGGAGAAAGCAGAUAUCCUGGAGAUGACAGUCAGUUUCCUGAGACACCAGCAGUCUGUUCUAGACUCCAGUUCACAUGCUGACAAUCAAGGCUUCUCCAGGUGUGUCCAUGAGAUUGUGCACUUCCUGUCCAAAGAUGAGAUGAAGACACAGAGCCAGAGAAGACUGCUGAAACACUUCCAGAACCUGCAGACAUCAUGUGAGCAGAACAGGAGGGAAAGUGUCCUGUCUCAGCUGAUCUCCUCAGACCAGAACACCUUCAGUAAAGAGGUGAAUGUCGACAAGAGCAUCAUCUGGAGACCUUGGUAGAACUUCACACACUGGAGCUCAGCUCGACUUAAAGUAGAUGACCAAACUGCUCAGAAAUAUUGAUCAGUGAAGCUGUCAUUCUAGACUUUCAUUGUGACAUGAUGUAUAUGUCUUAAAUUCAGCUUUAAAAAGUUUUCUUUCAAUUGUGAAAGAUUGUUCCUCUUAUCUAAGUAAUAUAUUGCUCAUACUUUGUUUUAAAAAGUUUGUCCAGCAUCCAAUAUUUGGGAAAACACUCUUGGUUGAUUUUUUCCAAUCGUAUGUAGAUUUAUUUAACCCCAAACGGGCUUGUAUUUGUGUUUCUGAGGAAAUGCUGCAGAUUGUAUUGUUCAUUAUCUGAACACUAUCUUGGCUUGUAAAGGCUGCUAAAUUCUACUGUACUCUCUGUACUAUGUAUAGAGUUAUUAAACAGCCUUUUAUCUAGGCACUGUCAAAACCUUUUCACUUUGUAUGUGAAAAAAAAAGUCUCCUUCUGUGAAGGCAUUUAAUAACGUCACAAGGGCCACUGAAUGUAUUUCAAUCAGUC